GCACCUUGUCACCAUGGCCCCCAGUCAAUCGAACCUCUCCGACCCAAAGUAUCUCUACGACUUUGUGGUUUCCACGACUCAAGAGAGCAUCAACGCUGGCCUUGUGCAAUAUCUGCAUAACACUAAAGGCAAACAGCCGCUCACGUACCUCUGCUUCUUAGCGGAUAACACGGGAGCUCCUACUAUUCAGAAAUCUCUCGACGAGAUUUUGCAAAUGAGUGGAGGGCUUAAUCCCUUUGACAUCCCUGAUGGCACUGAUUAUCGCGACCCACGAAUCAACAAGCUGACUGAGGUUCGAUUUGUAUGCGGAAUUCAGAUGCAAAGUGGCAUUCCUCCUGGCUGCGUUGUCAAUGUCCCUAAAAAGGGCCCCCAGGUACAGCUACCUGAACCGAUCGUGACCCUGGGGAAUACUUCUGAUAAUGUCCUCUUCAACAUGUACUGCUCCAGCAUCACUGUCAUCAAAAACAAUCCCCCGGGUGGGUGGAACUCUGCAGGAUCGUGGCAGUGGUUCAGUCAACCGUCGGGAAAGCCGUGGUAUAUCAAAACACGCACGAAUCUUUUAUCUUCGGCUUUAGACAAGAGUCUCGAUACUCCAUACUUCCAAUCCCACCCAGAGGAGCGUGACGCACUGAGGCAAAAAUUGAACAACAUUUCGGGAUCAGCUUUCAGCUUACAACAGCUUGUUGUUAACCUGGACAGUGCCGUCGCACAAACAGCCCCAUCGUUUGUCGGCGUUACUGAUCGAACUGCGGAAUUUCUCUUGACUCAAUCCUUCAUCAAUAUCUGGUCAAGCACUGCCAAAGCCAAAGGUCUGCCACUCAUUGGAGUUACUGCUGUGGCUCAACAGCCAGAUGGCUCACCACUGCGCUUGACGGGACUAGAGCGGUGGGUGAGCCCUGUGGUUGAUCCUCUGUCUGGCCUCCAGAUCACGGAUCCCUCUCCACUUCAGUCAUCUGCCACGACUCUCAACUAUCUCUGUGCUACGGAUAGUCAUCCAUUGCCAGGAGCGGCGUCAUUCAACUGGAAUUGGAUUGAACCACAGGACGUCGCCCAAUCAAGCGGUGUUAUAGCUAUCAAACGAAGCACGAUAGGCGCAUUUCUGGCCAAAGAAAUACUACCCAAGGCCCGGGAGUCUUGCAUCAAGCCCUGGACAGGCGUGAAGGCGUUAGACAUUGUUGGUGGAGUCAGGUACUCUUGGAGUUUUGCCUCUGGACAAGAACCAACAGUCAAUAUCAAGGACUCUGGUCCGCUCGUUGCCACAAUAGACUAUUCUCAUACAUCAAAUGCAUGGGAUAAAAUGGCUGCUACAUAUGGCGAACUGAAUAUGACCUCGACCUACUCUUGCAGUAUUUUCUUUGGGAAACAUGACACUACCGUGUCUCCUCCAGUUGACCUAGGUGGCAACAUUUUUACCAUCGUCCAGAGCCUCAAGAUCAGCGUCUAUCUCCAGUGGUCAGCUACAGGAAGGAGUGCUAACGUGCUCGACAAAACUCUAUCAGACGAGUAUGUGAUCUCUGUUGACAACAGCGGCGGACUUAUCUCUUCUGCAUCUAAGUCAAGUAGUACCGAUAAGUCAUCAGACGGCGACGUCGGCUGGCUCGUUAACGCAUUUACCAACGUUGGUGAUAUGCUUGCUGAUAUAAGGCACCGGAGUGGCUCUUUUUUGAAUGCCCAAAUUUCUACCAUUCCCUUUAAUCAGAUCAGGAACUUUGUGUUUCCCGGGGCCAAGGUGUUCUCCUACAAGACAGCUGCUUUCUCCAAACAUCACGAUCUCGUCAGUCUAAUCACCUACAUAAAUCCUACCGUUUCACGAGAGUCAGCCAGAUCCAUGAUGCUCUCUGAGGCGUCCUUUCGCAUCAACUCCAUUCCGGACAGACUCCAAGAAGGAGUAACCAUCACAACGAGUACCGAUAUGAUGCUCAACUAUGUGCAGGGAGAGCUUGUUAAGCCUCAAGGCAAAUUCCAGGCCCUCCAGACCACGAAUGGAAACGCAUUGCUCUUCGCUAUUGACUCCUUCGGCGCUUUCAACGUCAUCGAAGAGGCCACCGGACAAACGCAGACUGGCUGGAGGGCCACUGAUCUGUCCAAGAUAAUCAAGGAGAGAUUCCCGUCUGGUGCAAAGGCCACAGCAUUUGAUGUAGGCCAGAACGUCAUGAACGAAAACACCAUCAGCUUGGCCAUGUCAGUCCGUGCCAAUGGUUCCGAUACACUACUUCUGUCUCUUUUUAAUUCACCGUCUUCUACUUCUUGGUGGAUUGCCAACCCCAACUGGCAGCUGAUUCCUUUCGACGCUGAGAAUCCACCAAGCUCUAUUCAGAUUACCAACAUAUAUAUCUCCGAGACAGAACAGCAACAGCAAUACAUCAUGGUCGAUAUUCUUCGCGAUCCCACCUCACCACUCAAGGAUACAGCUCGCUACAUUGUAGACCCAUUUACCACUUCCGGCGUGUAUUGGACACCGCACACACUGCCCUUUGAUGUUGAGGAAGGGACAUACCAGAGCUGCAUGGGCCGUGUCUCCAAUGCAUACGUCGAUGGGAUUUACACAGCCGGUACCGUGAAAGACGUUGCCCAGCUCGCCUAUGUUCCUCUAUUCAACCUGAGCGGCGAUGCUGCGCCCAUGCCAACUCGCCUCGUUCUCCCUAAUAGGACAGUCGCCUCAGCAAUUGCUUCAGCCCGCAACAACGAUAGGGGCUCGUCCUUGUAUGGCACCACAGAUCUCUACGCCGUGGGCCAGUCCACCCUCUACCGAUGGGAUCCUGAUCAGCAGCUGAAUGACAGUGCCGUAGGAACAGCUUUGCUGACCAACCCAGUUUUUGCUGGUACUAGCACUAUCAUUGCGCUUACUCGCAACCGGGUCACCACUAUCUUCGGCAAGAAUGCCAGUAAUGUCGUCUACUAUACAUCUUGCUAUAUUGAUCGACUUGCAGAUCCAAACUCUUGGAGUGUUCCAGUCCCUGUACUCCAUGGCAUCGAACGCAUCACUUCAUACAUCAACGUCAAAGACGGUGGUAACACAGUGUUUGCGGCAGGGGGCAACAAAAUCCAGAAGCUCACCCAAGCUACCGGUACAACAUCCAAACUAUGGCAGGCACAACCCAUAACACUAGCAGCAAGCCCCCAGAGCAAGGCAGUGUCAUUCAAUUCGUACACCAGUAUAAUUCAAGUCAAAGGAGAGGAUGGUCUGCCCGUAACAGGAGCUGAAGUCGUUCUCACAACUGAGGCACGCACACCGGUCUACAUUGAUGGUCUUUACUACAUCCUUUCGACCACUCCAAUCACCGUGCCCGUCAAUCAAUCUGGGCAAGUGAUCAUCAUCCAAGCAACAGACAGCAUUGUUGGAGCAACUAUCUUUGCAAAAAUAGGCAACACUACACAGACCAUCGAUCCCAUGGCCAAAUCUUUUGCCAAGUUGGCUCAACUUUCUGACAAAAAUGCUCUCAAGGACGCCCAAAUUCGAACAGACACCACAGCCGGCGGAGUCAUGGGAACGCCCAAGACCGCUCCGUUGGUAUCAUCUUCAGUGUCAGACAACGACCUCCAGGCGACUUCUCAGAGCAUACGGCUAUUGACGGACGCCUACAAUAAGCAGACAUCGAAGAAUUCUGCCUUGCCAUCGUUCUGCGUGGCUGCUCCGGUUCUUGCAGAUCUGGUGGUGCCACAAAAGAGCAUAAAGUUUGACCUUGGUGAUUACCUUGCCAUUUCAGCUGGUGAUCUGUUCAAUUGGCUGAAGACAGGUGUCAAAAAUGUCAUCGAUAUCAUCAAGAAUGCUGCCACGGGGUUGUGGGAAUUCAUCGUCAAGAUCGGCAAUCAAGUGUACCGCGCCAUCCUAGAUACUGUGGAGGCUAUUGUUGGGGCUGUCGAGUGGGUCUUCAAUAAGAUCAAGACAGGAGUCGAGACUCUCAUCCGAUAUGUCGAGUUUUUGUUUGAGUGGGACGACAUUCGCCGCACCAAACAGGUCAUGUACAACCUGGUCAGGUUCUAUAUGAUGGACAUGGUAUCUGGUAUUAAGACGGCUCAAAGCCAGUUUGACAACUCAAUUGCUGAUGCACAGAAAGCCGUGGCAGAAUUGUCCGGCAUCAAAGAUUGGACACCACUGGGCGAUUCGGCUUCUAAGCCGCCUUCAGGCAUCGCAACGGAUCCUUCCAAGGACCAAACCUCCGGCUCUCAAAUGAUGGCAAGCCAUUUCCGAAAUCAGGCAGACAACAUGACUAUGCCCCAAGGAAUGCCUGAAAUUAGCUUAGUGCAGAGUUUGGUUGAUGACAUGAUGAAGGCCAUGGCCUCGCAAGGACUGGUCUUUACCCAGACCUUCGAUCAACUCAAGGCUCUUGCCGCGGAUUUUCUAAAGCUCAGUCUGGCAGACAUUCUCAAGCGUCUGGCUGGUAUCCUGGUGGAAUCCGUCUUGGUAACAACCCAAGUCGUCGUCGAUGCUAUGUUGAACGUCCUGCACCAGCUCGCUAGCACUGCGAUUGCCGUUCUGGACACCAAGAUUCACAUCCCCAUCAUCUCGGACAUUCUCAACGCCAUUGGCUUUCCCGAUAUCUCGUUCCUUGAUCUCUUCACUUGGAUCGGUGCUGCAGGAAUCACAAUCGUCUUCAAAAUCGCCCGUGGCAAAGCUCCAUUUGCUGACGACGCCACAUCUCGUGCAUUGAUCCAAGCAAAGGAUUGGAAUUCAUUCUCCGCGGCCUUGUCCAGCUUGGAAUUUUCUCAAUCGGUAGGCAACACCAUCUACUCUGCCGGCCAUGCUAUCACUGGUUUCAUCGCCUUCACAGGAAACUUUCUGUUCUUUGCUGAAGCCAUGGAUGUGAGCCCCGCCAAUGUAUUCGGUAUACCUUCCGCUAUCAUGGGCGUCAUCGGGGCCGCUGCAGCCGGUGGAGCAGACGCUCUCGUGGCCAAGAUGCCUCUGGAUAACACAGCCAUUUCUGUCCUCCGUAAAAUAACCACGGUCGCUACUAUCAUGUCGAAAUUGAUCUUCUCUGGCCUAGGUCAGAAAUACCUCGCGACAGGCAGACUCUCAUUCCUGAAGGCAAACGACAAUCGCAAGGUCGGGGCCGUAUUCAACACAGCCUUGGUAUUUCCUGCCCUGAUCUGUACUUGCUACCAUUUCUAUGAACUAUCGCAGAAGCCUGUUAGCAAGGAACGCUCGCUGGCUAUCAUUGGAGAAACGUCGAGUAUGGUGCAGUACCUGGGGAGGAUUUCGUAUUGUGUGGCCAUUUUUGAUCCUGAUCCCGAGACGAGGGUCAUACCCGCCAGUGUUAUGGCGGGAAGUAACGUUGUCAUGUUUGUAUUGGAAACUGCUGGUGCUGUCGCUGUCGUUGUUUGAUGGCUCACAUAAAACUGUCUAUCUCCCGAAUCUCAGCCAUAAUAUUUGAAAGCAGUCUUAUCACACAUUUCGUAUAGGGAUAAGCUGGCGAGGAAUAGGUACCACCCGUGCAUAGUUCUAGAGCGCAGUAUCAGCAAUGCUUGAG